ACGGGAUUGGACGUGUUUCCGCGUUGGUUCAUUCCUUCGGUCGCUAUACGGAUACAGAACGUGCCCUCUAGUGCAGCAGUGUAUGUGGAUUCUGCGAUCGAAACGGGAUGGCUAAAUCGGUUAUACCGACUGUCUGAGCGAGAAGUGACUUUGGUUUACUCAUUUCGGUGUAGCGAGUUUGCUUGGCAAUAAAGAGAAGUACGAUACGAACGAGAUUGAUUAGCGGAUCGACGACGACGGCGGCGGCGGCUUCAAGUGGUGAAAAGUUUGACCUUUCGCCAGAGGUUUUCGCAGUCUAUUCCCUGUUGAGAUUCAAGUUUAAUCGCAACGGGUCACACGGAAUAGUUGACCCUUGGAAUUUUCUGAAAAACUGGCUGAAAGUUGUGUGUGGUCGUACAGAACUGUGUCGCCGAAGUGAAAAUAGUGCCUGAAAGGGAAGGAAAGAUAUUUUGUCGUCGGGCUAAGAUUUUUUUUUUCUACCCGGAUUGUGAACUUGCUGUGGUGAAGCAGAAAAGUCUCACCGUUGUGGCGCCGCCGACGGUACGUGUAACGCAAGAGGAGGGAAGGUGGCUAAUGGGUGUACGGGUGUCCUGGCAGAGUGUUGUUGACAGUGAAAAGAAAAACAAAUUGAUGAGGCCAAAGCAUUUAAAUUGGCCCUGAUUCGAGCGUAAGGUUUUGGGCUAAUUGGAAAGGUGUCAGUGUUACGGUAUUUUCCAUCACACGAACGACCGUCGUACCAGCAGAACCGUAUGACUGACGGGACGGUGAAGAUAAACGACACAUACACACACACACGUACACACAGUAGUUUUGGAAAGCUGCCAUCGUUUGACGUUCCAUUUUGGUGCGAUUCUUCGCGGUCGAGAUCCCAUUAAAAAGGGGUAGCCGUAGCAGUGUGCAGUGUUUUUUCUUUGCUUUUCUUGUGUGGUCACUGCAAAGGAACGUGCUACGCAAGGUUUCUGACGGGUGUGCGAAUAAAUAAAUAGUCGCAAAAACAACGACGGACGGGUACUGGAAAAACGACGAAGAAGACCGCUAAGAAGAGACAGAGAGAGUGUAAUCAUACCGACACACAAACAACACAACCCGCAGUAGCCAGUAGCUAGCACUCUAGCAGUAGAAGAAUAUUGAGUAGCAGCCGAAGAUCGGCGACGACGCGUCGUGCUCCGUUCGGGCGGGGUGUUGUGUGCGUAUUUUACUGUACAAGCCGACGACGACGAUUGAUUCCGUGCCGUUGUGCGGGUUUUCGGUGUAUCAUUGUUAUUUACGAUCGGGAAGAAGCAAGUGAAUUUUGCGCUCGUUUGACGAUUUGUUUUAAUUGUUUAUGUGCGGGCUGUCAUGCUGAAAGUUUAAACAAAGGCCAACAGGAGACGAUAAAGAACGCGCCACUCCCCGGGAGCUAAACAUCAAUCAAAGAUGCGCUGGUGACACUCAGUCGAAAAUAAUUAUCUGCCACAGUGAGAAAUGAACUUCAUUUGAUCCAAAUUAACUGGUAGAGCGUAACGAAAAUUCGGUAGGGAAAAGUAGGUGAUUUUGUGGAAAGAAUAAAUAAAUCCGACGGCAGAAUUCGUGCUCAAUGAACCGUAAACCGGUGCAAAGACACCUGUGAACACCCCGCGAUUGAACCAAUGAAACUUGACGGAUCACCAACAACGGCCGGUUGCUCAUCGUGUGCGGCGCGAAUGGUAGAAUGUGACGUCAGAUGGACAGAUAGUCCGAAGAUGAUGGCAAACAGUGACGUGGUGGUUGGCUGCCGGAGAAGCCGACGAAAAUGUGCCAAAUUUUCCGAUGCCAGACAGCGGGUUUCACCGAAAGCGGAAUCCUGUACGGACUCCGGCAGCAUAACGACAUCAUUCCAGCCGCCCUGUCGCUCCCAGUCACCGUGUGAUAGUAGUAGCCAUCAAAUCGAACCGGAGGCACCGUGUGGGAAGAGCAGCAGCACCUCCAGCAGUUCCAGCCUGUUGUUCCGAUGGCACCGAUACCGGUCGGUAGUGCUGUACAUAGUAGCGAUAGUGUUAGUAGGUGCAAUUUCCGCGGUACACUGUGAUGCAGUUAGUGAUAAUACGGAGGGUGGCAGCAGCAGCAGUAGCAGUAGUAGCAGUAGACAUAGUACUAAGCAAAUUAGUUCCAAUAUCAUUGAUCCAGUGGGAACGAGUGGGAGUGGUUACGUGGAUCACUACGAAGGCAGCGGACACUACACACAUCACUGGGCUGUGCACAUUCCGGACGGGGAGGACGAUGCAACGGUCGACCGGGUCGCAGCGGAGCACGGGUUCAUCAAUCAUGGAAAGAUUGUUGACGAAUACUAUCACUUCGAGCACAAGCACGUGGAGAAACGAUCGCUGAAUCCCUCGUCACAUCACCAGCGGCGACUGGACGGAGACGACCGAGUCCGAUGGGCGAAACAACAGCGCGCCAAACGACGUCAGAAACGGGAUUUUCGGCCACUGAAGAGUCCCUAUCUGAUUCAGCUGAACGAUCCGAAGUGGCCCGAGAUGUGGUACUUGAACCGCGGCAAUGGUCUGGACAUGAAUGUGAUACCUGCGUGGAAGGAAGGCGUGACGGGGAAGGGCGUUGUGGUGACAAUACUGGAUGAUGGUCUGGAAUCAGACCAUCCCGAUCUGGAGCAUAACUAUGACGCGAAGGCAUCGUUCGACGUCAACGGUAACGACGGCGAUCCAAUGCCGCACUAUGAUCUGACGGACUCGAACCGGCACGGAACGCGCUGCGCCGGUGAGGUCGCUGCCACGGCCAACAACUCCAAGUGCGCAGUGGGCAUUGCGUACGGAGCCCGUGUGGGCGGCGUUCGAAUGCUCGACGGUGACGUAACCGACGUGGUGGAAGCGAAAUCACUCGGCCUGAACUCGCAGCAUAUCGAUAUCUACAGUGCCUCCUGGGGACCGGAUGAUGACGGCAAAACGGUCGACGGUCCGGGGGAUAUGGCCACGCGGGCAUUCAUCGAGGGCGUCCGGAAGGGACGCGGUGGCAAGGGUUCGAUUUUUAUCUGGGCUUCCGGAAACGGCGGCCGCGAACAUGAUAACUGUAACUGCGAUGGCUACACGAAUUCCAUUUGGACGCUGUCGAUUUCGAGUGCAUCCCAGGAGGGACUAGUGCCUUGGUUUUCGGAAAUGUGCAGCUCGACCCUGGCUACAACUUACAGCAGUGGGAACACGAAUGAGAAACAGGUCAUCACUACGGAUUUGCAUCACUCAUGUACGACCUCUCACACGGGAACAUCCGCUUCGGCUCCGCUGGCGGCCGGAAUCGCUGCUUUAGUUCUGGAAGCGAAUCGCAAUCUAACGUGGCGCGACAUGCAGCACAUAGUCGUUCGUACGGCCAAACCCGGUAAUCUAAAGGACCAGACAUGGUCAAAAAACGGUGUCGGACGUCGUGUAUCCCACUCGUUCGGCUACGGCCUGAUGGAUGCUGCUGCCAUGGUAAAGCUGGCACGUACUUGGAAAACCGUACCGGAUCAGCAAGUAUGCGAAAUCAACGCUCCCCAUCUGGACAAACAAAUUCCGCCCCGGACAAAAGUCACCCUGCAGCUGACCGUGGAACACUGCAUGGGGGUCAACUAUCUGGAGCACGUACAGGCGAAAAUUACGCUCACCUCCCAGCGGCGGGGCGAUAUUCAAAUCUUUCUGACAUCGCCAUCCGGCACUCGUGUCACGCUUCUGACGCCAAGAUCCCACGAUUUAUCCCGUUCAGGCUUCAAUCAGUGGCCUUUCAUGUCGGUGCAUACAUGGGGAGAAGCGCCCCACGGGACCUGGCAGCUGGAGAUCCACAACGAAGGCCGCUUAUUAGCACAAAUAACACAAUGGAAUCUGAUCUUCUACGGAACGGAAACGCCAGCCCAGCCGGACGAUCCGAUUCGUCUGGGGAAACCCGCCUUCAGUGAUAGCAACUAUGGCGGCGAAAUCGAGCACAACUCGCUGGAGUUUGACAAUGGCAUUAGCAGUGACCAGUGGCGGAAUAUGCAACAGAUCGGAGAAAGCCACGUGGACGUUCAGCGGACCGCUUCCAACGAUGUGACGAGUUUGGCCUGCGUCAGCUACUCGCUAGCGCGCUGCAUAGUGUGCGGUUCGGCGUCCUACUUUUACAACGGGCACUGCUAUUCGUCCUGUCCGGCCAGUACCUAUCCCUCCGAUGGAGCCGUCGAGCCAGCAGCAAGCGAGGCAGAAAGUGCCAUCGUCGAGCAGAAGCCACUGCCGAUCGGUUCAUUACGACGUCGACGUCGAGGUCCAGAUAGUGCAUUCCGGUUGGCCGACAACAAUGGCACUGUCGAUAAUUUCAACAAUUUAGAUGACGUUCCACUGGUGGAGGAGGUACGACCGCACAAACGUGACACCAAGCCUCAAACUCGCCAGCAGCACUGCAGCCCGUGCCAUUCCACUUGUCUGCAAUGCAUCGGUCCGGAGGACUACGACUGCACCGAGUGUCAACCGGAAUUCGCUUUCACCGUUACACCCUCAAACAUUUCCCAACACCAGCGACGAUGCGUCUCCAUCAAUGGCAAACAUCAACUGCCGGUCGCGUCUGGUUCAGGUGAAGCAAAUAAAUCCUCGACUAAUGCCACAUUAUCCGCCUCGGACCCGAACGAUAAGCGCUGGGUACUGACCGACUACCUCAUUAUGAUAACUGUCGUUGGCAUGACACUGCUGGUGUCCUUUGUGGUCAUCUAUCUGCUCUGGAUGCGAUGCUUCCGAGGCGUGCUACUGCCGGGCGGCGGCAACAGUCUGGCGGGUGCAGUGGCCGGCAUUAGCGGUGAUUAUCAGUACAACCGGGUGCAAACUUCCGAGAACGGCGACGAGCCCUCUUACGCGCAACUGGUGCGAGACGAAAUCGAGCGGACACUGGCCGAAAGCUCCAGCGACGAAUCGACGGACACCGCGGCAUUCAUGGCGAGGGGAAUCAUCGCACCGAUAGAGAGAUAGAGUGAGCGAAAUACAGCGCGCGGCCGUUUAUCAAUCCUAUACCAACGUUCACAAUUCUACUCUCAUACCAAGAUUCACACUAGCUUAGUGGGGUAAGCAACAGCAUUUAUGUUUCCCUCUUGCCUUACGGUGGGCAGCUUACGGUAAGGAAGGUAAGGCUUCGCGCUGGUAGAGGUCAGCGGAAGUAUGAUUUUAACCUACCUAAUAGAAUACUAAAUGAACAAUUUUAUCUACGUCUGUAAGUGAUAAAAG